AUCCACUUUCUACAGUAUUCGCUGAACAUUGGCUUAGAAAGUGUCGUUGAGAAAUAUAAACAAAAACGUUUGUUUGGUAACUGAGAACUGUUUUGCUGCUCGUCUAACGAUUCCCCUUUACCUCAUAGACGCUUCUUAGAGAAACGAAUAAUCAAGUGUGGUUCUUAGUGAUAAUGCACUCAAGUUAUUGGCAAUCCGUAACAGUAUUAGUAUUGCUGGUUAUAAUUUCAACCAAGUUUUCGGAAGUUUCGUCUAACUGUAGCGAUAGACGUGGACUUUGUAUCACUGAAAAUCGCAUCGAUCGUCAGGACAGGCAAGUUCUAUUCCAGAAAGGACAUCGGGACAAUGCAUCAGAUCGCUCGUUUCGCGACAGUUUAAGGCGAGAAAUUGCUGCUGAUCGUGUCCGACAAACUCAUUCUGGCAAUCGGGACGAACAGAGAAGAUCAACCUAUAUACAGUCUCGUUCCGAACAACAUAACCGACUUGGAGCUAAUUUGCGACGCAAUUUCAUCAGAAACGAUAUCUCAACGACGUCUCGUAAUAUUUUGAGAGGAGAACGCGUAAAUCAUCGAUUCAGUGAAAUCCGUGAAGUGGAUCAUCAAAGAAGUGAAGACCGACGAAUUAGUGAAGAUCGAUUGGAUCGUCGAGUACGUGAUGAUCUGCGAAUUGGUGAAGACAGAGUAGAAAGACGAAUUGGUGAAGAUCGAUUGGACCAACGUGAAGACAGUGUAGAUAGUAGAAGAAGUGGAGAUCGAUUGGACCGACGUGAAGAUCGUGUAGAUGGUCGAAGAAGUGGAGAUCAAUUGGACCGACGUGAAGACCGUGUAGAUAGUCAAAGAAGUGUAGAUCGAUUGGACCGACGUGAAGUUCGAGUAGAUAGUCGAAGAAGUGAAGAUCGAUUGGACCAACGUGAAGAUCGUGUAGAUAAUCGAAGAAGUGGAGAUCGAUUGGACCAACGUGAAGAUCGUGUAGAUAAUCGAAGAAGUGGAGAUCGAUUGAACCGACGUGACGAUCGUGUAGAUAGCCGAAGAAGUGAAGAUCGAUUGGACCAACGUGAAGAUCGUGCAGAUAAUCGAAGAAGUGGAGAUCGAUUGAACCGACGUGACGAUCGUGUAGAUAGCCGAAGAAGUGAAGAUCGAUUGGACCAACGUGAAGAUCGGGUAGAUAGCCGAUUGAACCGACGUGAAGAUCGUGUAGAUAAUAGAAGAAGUGAAGAUCGAUUGGACCAACGUGAAGAUCGUGCAGAUAAUCGAAGAAGUGGAGAUCGAUUGAACCGACGUGACGAUCGUGUAGAUAGCCGAAGAAGUGAAGAUCGAUUGGACCAACGUGAAGAUCGGGUAGAUAGCCGAUUGAACCGACGUGAAGAUCGUGUAGAUAAUAGAAGAAGUGAAGAUCGAUUGAACCGACGUGAAGAUCGUGCAGAUAGUCGAAGAAGUGUAGAUCGAUUGAACCGACGUGAGGAUCGUGCAGAUAGUCGAAGAAGUGGAGAUCGAUUGGAACGACGUGAAAAUCGUGUAGAUAGUCGAAGAAGUGAAGAUCGACUGGACCGACGUGAAGAUCGUGUAAAUAUCAGAAGAAGUGAAGAUCGAAUGAAUCGACUAGAAGAUCGUGUAGAUCGUCAAAGAAGUGAAGAUCGAUUGGAUCGACGUGAAGAUCGUGUAGAUCGUCAAAGAAGUGAAGAUCGACUGAACCGGCGUGAAGAUCGUCUAAACAGUGAAAAUCGAAUGGACCGACGUGAAGACCGUGUAGAUAGUCGAAGAAAUGAAGAUCGAUUGGACCGACGUGAAGAUCGAGUAACAAGUCGACGAAGUGAAGAUCGAAUUGACCGACACGAAGACCGUGUAGAUAGUCGAAGUGAAGAUCGAUUGGAUCGACGUGAAAAUCGUCGAAGAAGUGCAGAUCGAAUGGACCGGCGUGAAGAUCGUGCAGAUCGUGAAAAUACGAUGAAUCGUCGAGUUCGCGAAAGCCGUAUGGAUCGAAGAGUUCCUGUAACUGAAAGAGAGACUCUAGUCCGAAUGGAUAAUCGAGAUGUACUUAUUCAGCGUAUGCAAUAUGAACGCGACAAUUUCCUUGAUGGUAUGCGCUCACGCAAAGUCAGACGAACAAACUUAAAUCGAAUGGAGCAGAGAGAAAUGCGAAGACUUGAUUUCGAAGACCAAGAAAGGAAAGACAUAUUGAAGCACGAACAACGACACGAAGAAUUACGUGAAACAAGACCUGAUCACGAACGCUUUAAUGGCAAUUCUGAGGGACGUCGAGACGAUUCUCGAAGAAGAGACAUGUUGUACAUUGACAGCCAAAACAUUGAAAUGAAGCGACCCGCAAGUGUUUAUCCCAUCGAACUGACUUGGAAUGUUUGCCAGGCUCUCUUAGUCGGUGCAAUCGUGUUGCAGCUUCUUAAGUACAAAAACGACAUGGGCGAAUUGAAGGGCUUCAAUGGUUGUCACUUCCCACUGCUGUCUCCCGUCAAAGCCUUGUAAACAUGAGCAUGUACCCAGAGCUGGUGACAAUUUUUACGACGACCCUGCUGACAAAGGAUGUGAAUUAUAUUAUUAAUAAUGUUAACUUAUAUAUAUUUAUCAAACAAAAGCUUUCAAAGAUUUAUACAAAUAUUUAUCGAAGGCAACAUACGUGGAGUCAGGACCAGGCUUGUAUAAUUGUAUAGUCACAAACAUCUAUAAAUAAAUGUUAUCAUAAAUGUUGUUAAAACUACAAAAAAAAGCAAAAUAAACUAGUGUUAAUUAGAAUGGCAUUACUUU